AAAGAAGAAAAGUAACCCAUGAUAAUACCCUUCCGGUCACAUUAUGAAAACUGUGGACAGUUCAUCUUUUUUUUGACUUUCAUCCAUGUCUUACAAGUGUUGUUGUAUUUUUGAAUGUGUAAAAAACAUUAAUGAAUGUGGCAAAUUACCUAAAUACGCCACGCAUUAGCCAAACGUCACGUUAAAAUCGAAGCUCUUCCCACAAUGCACUCGCCGACCAUCAGCGGGAAACCAAAAUGGCGAACGUGCUAGGGGAAAAUGAGCCGUUUGUUAUUUUCUAAGAAGGACGUAAAGUCGACACGUUUGAGCCGUUAGCCUUUGCAAUAAAACACCAGGCGAACCGAGUGGAACAACGAGAGCCACGCGCUAAUAUUGACUUGGUUUAUUCUAGCUAGCUGCUGAAGCGGAGGUGCCCGAAUGAGAGACUCUGGCGUUUUGAGUCAUCUGUCCGUCAAUCAGAGAUCCUUGCGGCCACAACAGCCGGCUGUCCCCCUGUCCCCCACCAGCCAAGCGAGGGUGGCGUAUGGUGAACAGGACAGGUUCACUGAGGGACAGGAUGUCUUGGCCCGCUGGUCAGAUGGCUUGAUCUACUUGGGGACUAUCGCCAAGAUUGACCGAGACAAACAGAGAUGCUUUGUGGUGUUUGAAGAUCGAUCCAAAUCCUGGGUUCUCUGGAAAGAUAUUCAGACAGGAGACGAAGAUGAGGAUGACGAUGAGGACGAUGACAUGGUGUGCUCCAUCUGUCAGGAUGAAACCUCCGAGGAGCCUAAUGAGAUUGUCAUUUGUGACAAGUGCGGGCAAGGCUACCAUCAGCUGUGCCACUCACCCAUCAUCGAUGCUACUGUCAUUGACUCGGACGACAAAUGGCUUUGUUCUGAAUGUCAGCACACUGCUUUCCCAAAGCAGGAAGACCCACAACAGAUGGAGCUAUCGUUUCCAUAUGUCCCAGAGGAACUAGUGUGGGAUGAAGACCACCGGACUAACAUGCAGCAGUGCUACUGCUACUGUGGAGGUCCAGGAAACUGGUACCUGAAGAUGCUGCAGUGCAAUAGGUGUGAGCAGUGGUUUCAUGAAGCCUGCCUCCAUUGCUUGCCGAUGCCAAUGCUCUACGGUGACAGGUUUUAUCUCUUUGUUUGCGCCGUUUGCAACGGUGGACCAGAGUAUUUAAGCCGGUUGCCUCUCAGAUGGGAGGAUGUGACACAUUUGAGCCUGUACAAUCUUACAAUGAUCCACAAGAAGAAGUACUUUGAUUCUGAGAUGGAACUAAUGGCAUACAUCAAUAGCAACUGGGAGCUGCUACAGCUUGGAGAGCUGGCGAGUACUCCGAGAUCAAUGCGAUUUGCGUGUGUUAUUGAGGCAUUAAACAGAAACACAACCAAGUUCAUGUCAGGGAAGGAGGUCAAGAAGAAGAAGCACUUGUUUGGACUGAGGGUUCGAUUCCCACCCACUCCCCCAGUUAGGGAGCGACCAGCUAGCACAUUGAUGGAGUGCCCCUCACGUGGCUUCACCGUUAACUCAAAAAAAACACCAUCUGGCAUGAGUACAUUAACCAAUGGUGCAGAGAAGGCUAAAAAGAAGACAAGGAAGCAAGCAACACGUUCCCUGGAGAGGCAGGCCAAACGCAAAUGUUCCAGUGAACUUUUGUCCCAGGAACUAAGAAAGUCCGCACCACUCGAACCCCAUUCGCUGGAUCGGUUUUCUUCUAUCAAGAGUGACAGGUCUUUACUGUCAUCUCAAACCUCGGACGUGGAGUCUAUCGGAACCUUGAGCACCACAGAAACUACCUCAACUAGCCUAUCCAGGCCGUCCAGUCAGUGCAGCUCCAGCAAGACACGGUCGACAACUUCCACCAUGCCUUUCCCCCCUCCGCCCUUAAAAAAGAAACGGGGGCGGCCACGACGGGUCGGGCCACUCACCAGCCCGGCGGACCCCGACGGCGGCGUGACGGAUAUCGCCACGCCGCUUCCGGGACUCCACUCUGCAGACAUAAUUCACGGCAUGGACCCCAACAGCCAGCUGUCCCACCUCAAGAGCUCCAUCAGCACCUAUUUUGGAGCGGCGGGUAGGCUGGCUUGCGGGGAGAAGUACAAAAUCCUUGCUCGGAGAGUCACCCUGGACGGCAAGGUUCAGUAUCUGGUGGAGUGGGAGGGGGUCACUGCCUCUUAGACUGCAAAAAGUGACUUCACUGUGCACCCUUCUGAGAGCGAUAAUUCAAAUGUCAGCUUUCUAGCAUAAUAGCCUUUCGUUUUCAACUCAGAAUUGACACAGAUAUUUAAAAAAAAAAACAAAAAAAAACACCAGCAUAUUGAAAUAGGGCUGCCACAAACAAUUAUUUUGAUAGUCGACUAAUCGCCAGUUGUUUUUUACAAUUCAUACACUAAUUGGCCAUCUAAAUUAGGUUAUUGUUGUAUUACUUUUCAGUGCAAAAGCAAAGAUCUAGUUUUGAUUCUUCAUAAUUAUUUUUUUAAAUUAAAAGAAAACGUUUUUUAAAAUUUAUUAAUACAAUUAAAAAUUGAAGUAAAUACAAAAUAUUUAGUUUCCUUUUGUUUAUGUGGAAAAUUUAAAAAGAAAAAGACCAAUCCGCAUAAUCUUGUUAAAUUACACUUUAUUUAAAUAAUAUAAAAGACCAUUUGAAUUGAUUCCCUUUUUUGUUUUUCAUUAUUUUGGAAAAAUAGAAAAUUUCCCUUUUCUAUUUUUUAAAUAUACAUAAUAAUAAUUUUAAUAAUAUUUUCAAAAAGACAUGUAAAAUAAGAAUAUUUGCGAUUAACUCAUUGGCUGUCGGUGGCUGCGGUAGGCGUCCAAUCCAAUUUGAAUUAAGAGGGUGGACAGCGAUCAUUUGAUAAAUUGGAUGGAUAUUCAACUCAUUUUUUAAAAUAAUUUUGCAAUUAAUCUAUGCAUGCUAAUGCCACCAAUGGCAACAAAACUGUUGGCCCUCCAAAAAUUUCCAGAUUAAUCUCAUUUCGAGAUUAAUCUGUGCAUUCCAACAUGGUCAGUGGCAAUUAAAUGUGAUUUGCAGUGAAUGUGUUAAUAAUAGAUUACUCUAUUAAAUAAUUUUGUGCUUGAUCGAUGGAUUUGAUAGAUUAAUCGAUAAUUGGUUGACAGAUUAAUCUCAUUUUUUGAUUAAUCCUGACGCCUUGGUGCCACGAAAACAUGAUCAUUGUCAGUGAAUGCAUUAACUCAUUGGCAGCGAUAGACUUUACACAAAUCUAACAAAGAAAACCCGGGUAAAAAUUAAAUGCAAUUUUAACUGUAAAUUGCCGACAGUGCAGCCAAUGGGUUAAUAGCCUCAGAACAUUUUAUCUGGACAAUUUUUCAAUCAAUAUUGUCCCCUAACGUUUAAACGAUUAUCAAAAUAGUCUUCGAUUAAUUGUGGCAGUCCUAUAUUGUAAGUUAAAAAUGACUGGGGUAUGAUACUACAAAGCUAACGUGAAAAGUACUUGUUUAGUUAGGACUCGAGUGUUGGAAAGCUUUCCGCAAAGCCUACUGGUUCGGUGCAGUUCACUGUGAAUAGUAUACGUUCAAACAUAUCUUACAGUUUGUUGGUAAAUAUCAGGCUUUGGCAUAUUUGUAUCUCUUUGCUCUUUAGCUAUUAUUCUCUUGUCAUCGCUUGGAAUGUUUACAAGAAGCAACUGUUCAAUGCACUGCACCUGUAGGCUUUCAAUGAUGGUGUUUUAUUUUCAAACCAGUUUAUAUGCUUGUCAAUUUCAAACCAGCUGAGUAUAAAACUACAUUUUCUUUUCAAGGAAUGUAGCCGAUGUUCAAGUGAUUUAAAUGCCAAUCUGGGAGCGAAUAAGGGGGAAGUUUUGUUUAGCCACUGAUGUUGCACCGUGAACCUUUGUGUCCACUCGGAUGACAUUUAUUUUUGUACAGUCUUUGCAGAGUUAUAACUUCACUCUAAAUUUGUAAUUCCUAUUAUUUUCCUCAUCUGCGAGUACCUCUUGUGUUUUGCAGCUGUUCAGUUUUAGAAAAUUUGUGUCAGUUUGUGCUCUUUUCAGGAAGCAAGUGAGAUGCGCUGCUGCAAAUCUUAAUUUUAUAUAAGCAUGUACUACAUUUAUUUUUUACAUUUUUCAACUUUACUUCCAUGUAUGCCUUUGCUGUUCGGACCGGUAGACGCCUGAUUUGGAUCUAAUGUGAACAGUCAAAGUAAAUGCGCAAAAUAUACAGUAGUACUAUCUUUGAUUUAAGUUCUUAUAAAAAUAUUUUUUGCUGGUCCUAACAACAAUUAACAAACAAAAAAGUUCUUGAGCAGACUUUUUUUUUUUUUUUAGGACAUUGUAAGAGAUACAUUGCGCUUUCAUUUUAGGUGACCCCAAAGCAUUUGACAACUAAGUAUGUUAUAAAGUUGUGUGAUUUGAAUCUUUAAGGACCUAUCGAGUUUUUACUUUGUUUGAUAAUCAAAAAAAUAAAGUGCUGCAUCAAUGAUUGUCA